AUGGGCAAUGAUGUCGCAACUUCAGCUGAGCUUGGGGGUGCUCGAGUCGACCGCCCUAGGCUUCAGCGUGACUUCCGCGUUCGCAAGAAAGACAAGAGUGUGGCCUUGCAGCACAUCCAGGAUUGUCGCGGAGACUUAGUUGACAUCCAGAUGCUCAAGUUCGGGCAGAUUGUCGAUUUGGAUCUCAUCGAGCGAAGCGCUCCGGGUAAGUUACUUCAGGAGCUCCAGCAGAGCGUGCUGCAGGCCGAGGCGGAGCACCGGCGCCGCAUCGCCGACUGGGAGAAGAGGAUAGAGAAGCAGAAGAAGGAGCUGACGAAGAUCACGUGCGACAAUACGUCGCUCAUGGAACAGAUUGUCAGCAUGGGCUACUCGCAAAUGCAGCUGGACGCAGCGCUUAAUGCGAGAAUAGCAAAUGUCACGGUGAACGACAAUGAGCCGUUGAAUGAACUUCGACGUAUGGAGCGCGAAAGAUGCAAAGAUCUUCUUGCGCUGCAAACGAAGGAGAUUGCGACUUUGCAGGCAGAGAUCAACCUCUUCCGAAAAAAGGGCGGGCACAUUUACACUACCGCCGCAGCCCUGGAACCCACGGAUCUGAGCUUCAGGGCCCGUGCGAGAGGGGCACCUUCAGUUUCGUCUGAGAUCAGCUCCCUGUGA